AAUGUGAUAGUGAAAUAGUAGUUUAACUAAGUAGUAUGAAAAGUAACAAAUAGCGCCUGGCUUUUUGUUAGUAAAUCCAAACAGUGGUGACAUAAAACUCGUGUAUAUUUAACAGAAACAAUGAGUGACCAAGGGAGGAAGCCAAAUUUACGAGAUCUGACCUCCCGUCUGGGUCAGAUCCAACAGCGGGUGGUCACAAUUGGCCCCGUAUCACCGCAUUCCACACCCGAAAAUACAGGUGAGGUUCGACGGUACGUCAAGAUAGACGUCAUUGAAGGAACAAACGCGGAGGCUUGUGAUAACGUACCUGAAGGGAGUGCCUCCACCACCUACGGCGUCCAGGAAUCCACGGAAAAUGAAGACGGAGAUGGCGCGACCAUAAAGGAAUUCGUUCACGAAGUUGAAUUCCAGCACAACACCCUGUUGGGCAAAAUGCAGAUGCUGAGGGACGUUCUGGCGAAGCAACUGAACCAAAGCCAAGUGCAGCCAAGCUUGAAUCAAGCGCAAAAAGACUCGAACCUGCCACCAGUUGAACAGACCCAGUCUCAACUUGGUGCAGUUCGAACGCCGGAUCUUCAGGACCAAUCACAGUCCGUCCAGAAUAUGUCGCAAACAGAUGAGCGUGAGGACAUUCAGAAGAAAACCUUUGCCAAAUGGAUCAACAGUCAGCUGGUGAAGGGGCAGCAUGCCCCUGUCACCGAUCUUUUUUACGAUUUGCGGGACGGCACCCGACUCUUGGCCUUGCUAGAAGUCUUAACGAAUAAAACUUUUAAACGAGAAAAAGGCCGAAUGCGUGUACAUCAUUUAAAUAAUGUUAGUCGAGCUUUAGCGAUUUUGGAAGACAACAAUGUCAAGCUGGUCAACAUAUCGAACGAACACAUAGUUGACGGGUCGGCCAAACUCACCCUGGGUCUCGUCUGGGCCAUCAUCCUACACUGGCAGGUCCAGGGAGUCCUGAAGGAUGUGAUGUCUGACCUGCAACAAACGAAUUUAGAAAAAACUCUUCUUGCCUGGUGCAGACAGACAACGAAGGGUUACCAUGGUGUGGAUGUUCAGAACUUCACAACGUCGUGGACUGAUGGGCUGGCCUUCAAUGCUCUUAUCCACAGUCAUCGUCCUCACUUGUUUGACUGGACGGUUUUGGCCAGGAAGCACCCCUAUGCUCGUCUUGAGAAUGCUUUCAGAGUUGCACAUGAACAUCUAAGCAUUGAAAGACUAUUAGAUCCUGAAGAUGUUAAUUCGCAAGUACCUGAUAAGAAGUCCAUUAUGAUGUAUGUGAUGUGUCUCUUCCAAGUUCUUCCACAUGCAUCUUUCACUAUGGAGAGCCUUGAUCUUUCAGUGCAGUCAGAUUCUUCUUUUUCAGUAGAGGCAAGUAGUGAUGAUGUUCCCAUGAGUACAAAAAAGAAUAGACCUCUAUCAAAUGUCAGUAUUGGCCUAGGAGAGUACCAGCAUACUCUCGAAGAAGUUUUGACUUGGCUACUAGGAGCUGAAGACAGACUAGCCGCUAUGCCACCAAUUGCUGAGUCAACUGAUGAAGUAAAGGAUCAGUUUCAUGAUUUAGAGGAGUUAAUGCUUGAGCUAACUUCUAAGCAAGGAGGCAUUGGAGAUGUCUUAGGAGAAGGGUCAAGAUUGUUACGGGAAGGUGUAAUGGAAGAGGAAGAGGAAGAGGAAGUCAGAGUUCAGAUGAAACUUCUCAACACCCGUUGGGAAGAACUCAGAGUCAAGGCAAUGGAUCGUCAGUCCAAGCUUCAUGAGAAACUUAUGGCACUGCAACAGAAUCAGUUAGACAGCUUAAAACGGUGGCUCACUGAAACAGAGGACCGCAUUGCAAACAUGAGUCAGGUUGGACCAACUUUAGAAGCAUUGGAAGAACAAAUAGCAGCUCAUCAGAGUCUUCAGACAGACUUGGAAAAGGAACAGUCUAACAUCAAUUCCCUAUCAAACAUGGUUGUUGUAGUUGAUGAAUCUAGUUCAGAUGCAGCAUAUUCUUCUUUGGAAGAUGAAUUAAAUGCAUUAGGUGAAAGAUGGGCACAUAUAUGCAAGUGGACAGAAUCUCGAUGGAAUAUGCUGCAGAACCUAUCUGUGUAUUGGAAAGCUCUGGAUCAAGGUAUGGUAAAAAUGCGACAGUGGAUGGAUGAGAAGGAGACUUUACUUCGACAGGUUGAAAGCAAUCCAUCCACAGAACAAGAACACAUACUACAACAGGCUAGUAUGCUACAGGUAUUACAAGCAGAGCUGGAAGUACAACAGCGUUGUCUAGGACACCUUCAAGAACACAGUGCUAAUGUUGCAAGUCAUUUGCCAUCAGAUUCUGACAUUCAAGAAAAAAUUUCUGUAGAGUUGGAAACUAUUCAAGAUCGAAUGGAUAUUCUUGUCAGUAUCAUAGAAGCCCAAACACAAAGACUUGCAGCAAGUGGUAUUGACAUUACAAAAGUGGUUAUUCCCGGUAAAGACUCCACAGAUGUUGUAAGUUCCAGCACUACUACCAUAUCGCAUGAAGGUGGUACAGUUGUCACCAAGAUCAUAACCACCAAGGUUGUUACAACAGAAACAGUUGAAGUUGAAGGUAGUGGAGUAAAGCGUCAGAAACUUGAAGGAGGCUGCCAAGAAGAUUUUUCAGUUGCAUUGCAUCAGUUGGGGGGAUGGAUGGACAUGAUAGAGGAAAAAACCAAACCCAGACCAGUAGAAGAACUCUCUUUAGAACAGCUGAUGCAGCUUGUUCAACAGUUAGAAAGUGAGAUGGAAACACAGAAGGAGGAAUAUUAUAAGGUUGUCAGCCUUGGACAAUCUGCAAUAUCAGAAACGUCAACAAUAGGAGAGUCCUCCCAAGAAAGUGAAAAGCAGGUUGCUGGAAUUACCACACGUUGGGAAGCACUAGUUGAGAUGCUAGUCGAAAUUAGAAUAAGAGUUACUUAUUUAACCCAAAAAAAGAAGAUCUCAACAGACUUGAGCGAUUUAGAAAUGCACUAUCAAGAAUUCCUUAGAUGGUGUGAUGAUAUGCAGACUAUAAGCGAAAAUGAACCAAAAUCUAUAAAACAACAUUUAGAACAAUGUCAGAGUAAACUUGACGCCAUGAAGAACCGUGAAGAAGAACUUGAGUCUAUUAUGAAAGCAGCUGAGUCUUUAGAUGGAAAGUGGACCCAGGAAACACACAUAUUAAUUGAGGAAAUAAAGAUAAUCAUAACAAAGUGGAAGGUUCUUGUGCAGAGAUUAUUGGAGAGGAGGGAAACAUUAACACAGAAAGCAGAAGAAGUUCAGUCUGCUUCUGUAACUCCAAAGGCACUAGCAGUUCCACCAGAGUCUCUUCUGAAGGCAAUAGAAGCUUCAAGAGAGUGGCUCUGUAGUUUAGAAACUGCUAUAGCCUCUGAGUGUGUAGUUGCACCACUCCCUCAGAUGCAAGAUGUUUUUGAAAAGUUCAAGGAUCUCUCCCAGAAGGUGGAUACAGAACAGGGUAACAUGGCAUAUAUUAAUGAUGCUUGUAAUAGUGUAUCAAAAGACAGCCAUCCAGAAGUGAUAGAGAGUGUUUCAAAGCUCAACAAUCAGUGGGAACUUACAACUAGUGAUCUCAAAUCUCGCAUUAAAACCAUGGAGAAAUUGAUAGAACGACAGAAGCAGUACAAUGAUGAAGUAACAGGGUUGAAAUCAUGGCUAGCAGAAGUUGACAUCUUUUUGCAAGCAGAAGAAGCAGCUUUAGGUGAUAUAGAAACUUUAGAGGCUCAGCUUGAGCAGUCAAAUGCUCUUCAAGAUGAUAUUGCAACUCUACAAAACAACUUUAGAAAUAUUUCAACAACUGGGAAGCAGCUUUUGGAGGAAGGUAAUGGAGAGCUUAAAACCAUGGUGAAAAGCCAGCUGGAAGAGCUUACGGCUCGAUGGGACACUGUCACUGAACAAGCACGUGUCCAGAAUAAGUCCCUGAAAGAAGCAUUAGCUAAGAGUCAAAAGGUUCAUGAAGACAUAGACAAACUUAGUACGUGGCUGGAUGAUGUAGAGAAAAGAAUUCCUUCAAGUCUCACCACAGAUAAGGAAGAAGAACUAAAUUCUGGAAUAGAAACAUUUAGCCAAUUGAGAGAUGAAAUUAGCAAACACAGUGAAGAUUUCCGGGCUCUUAACAACAUUGGUGAUGAAAUGUUGCAGUUAGAUGCUGCUGCAACUCAUGAAGAAUUAGCUCGUCAGUUUACGCAGUUGAAUGGACGGUGGACUGAAGUAGUAUCACAGGUUGACUCUAAGUAUAAAACUCUUACCACUGCAGCUCAGCAGUAUGAAGAUUUUAAAAAAUAUUGUGCAGAAGAAAAAGACUGGCUUGACCAGCUGCAAGCUGGUCUUGAGAAAUCUACAAAAUCUGCUGCUGAUGCUGAAGAAAUAUCAGAGGCUUUGGAUGAACUGGAAAUAUUUUUGCACAGUCACAAUGAGGAAAGAUUAGAGCAAAUCAGAAAACUGGCAGAAUCACUUGUGAGUGAAAAUGUUAUGGCAGAUUCUGUUCAGGAGAUAACUCAGUCUCUUACAACACGUUUUGAGACACUCAAUGCCCAGGCAACAGAACAGCAGUCUGGAUUAGAGGGUCGUGUUCAAGAAGCACAGGCUUGGGAACGUGAAUAUAUCAGUGUUUUAGAUUAUUUGGCUCAGUCAGAUCUGCUGCUUACCCAAGCCAUUGCUGAUCCAACUCUGCAAGUGGAUCCUGUUCAGGUUCAGUCUGAAUUAGCAGUCCAACAAGAAGUGUUGAAGAAAAUGCAGAAACAAGUCGAAGUAUACCAUAGUCAAGGUAAAACUGAGGCAGCUGUAAGACUAGAGGACCAAGUGACUCAUCUCUUGAAAAAGUAUGAGGAGAUUGAAAUGAAGCUACGCUUGGUACAGAAACCAAGUGACUUUGAUGAACGCUUAGAAAAUGUUUCCAAACAGUUGAAAGACAUUCAUGAAAAAGUGCACCUCACCUCUGUUGGAUCAGGAAACCCAGAUGUAAUACAGGAACAGCUAAAUCAGUGCAUGAGUAUAUACCAAUUACUAAGUGAAAUAAAAGCUGAGGUAGAAAAUGUUAUAGCUACAGGUCGUAAAAUAGUUAAAGAUGGGCAGUCUACUGAUCCAGAUGGUCUUACUCAGCAGCUUGACCAGCUGAAAGCCCUUUAUAACCAGCUUGGUGGUGCUGUCACAGAGCAAAGAGGAACUCUUGAAAGGACACUACGCCAUAGUCGUAAAGUGCAGAAAGAUGCUGGUCAUUUAGAAGAAUGGCUGACAACCACUGAGAGUGAGCUUGAUCAGAGGGAGGCUACAGUUCCUACAAAAUGCAUACAAGCAGAAUUACAUUUUGCACAGCAUGCAAUUGAUGACCUUGGGCGCAAGAAGCCCUUGCUGACAGGUCUGCACGAGUCCUAUGCAGCCCUUACCUCUGUGUGUGAUGACUCAACAGUUCUGCAACCUGUUAAAGAGCAAGUUGAUGACAUUGCUCUAACUUGGGAGAGAGUCAGCACUAGGCUGACAAACAGGCUUAAGAAUAUGCAGAGUGAACAGGUUUCAAAGGAAGCAGAUAUGGAGAAAUUUAUUGUUGGCCUUGGUGAAAUCAAAGGGUGGUUGGAAAGUACUGAGCAUCAACUAGGAAAUCUUAGCAAGAUGGAGCCAAACGAUCAAGCCAGACUUAUUAAGGCUGUAGCUUCAGAGGUGCAAAAUUACAAGUCUCAUAUUGAAAACAUACGGGAUACAGCUGUAGAUCUUAUUAAUCACGGGACACUUUUCCAAGCACGUGUGCAACCAGAACUUGUGCAGAUCAAUCAGAGAUGGGAAAAUAUCUUCAAAACUGUUCAGGUUAAAUGUGAAGAAUGUGAUGGCUCAUUGAACUAUGUAUCUCUGAAAGAGGCUGACGAUGAGGUUUCUCAUGAUAAGGUUAACACAGGAAAAGUUUUGCAAGGGAAAGAACAAGCUAUAAUUCCUAAUGUAAAAGAAACUGGUACAGCAUCAUGUAUCAUUAUUGGUUCAGAUGUUGGAAUAAAGAAGAGGAAAAGGUUUGCAAAAAUUUAUGAAGAAGGAGAUGGUACCAUUCUAACAGAAGUGACCAAAGGAGAUAACAUUCAGAAGAGAAUGGUUUCUGAAGAAAAGAAACCACAUUUUGCUCGCCAGCCUUUUGAAUCUAAAUCCAGUCAUGGAGCAGUAGCCAAGGAAACUUUGAUAACUCCAGAUAGUAUAGAAAAAGCUCUACUUAGGAAAGGGGUUAUGGAGAGGAGAGAGGUCUGUGACAACUGGGAACUGAGUAGCUCUUCUUCAAGCAUAUCCCAGAGUAAAAGAGAAUCAUCUACUGAGGGAUCAGUUGAUUUUGGAUCUGAAACCCGUGGCACCCUGUCUGGAGAUUGGGAUGAUGCUCCUGUAAUCACGGAUGUAAAUACUGCUGAAGAAAUGCAUAAAAUCCAAGAAGGUAACAUGGAAGUAAUUGAUGAGUUAGAAGAAAGUGAUGUACGGUUCAGCUUUUUAAGCUCUAAUAGCAUUGACACAGAUAGAGAUGAGAUUUUUACUAAUGAAAUGGAGUUAGAGACUCCUAUGGAAGGAGAAGGGAUUGACUCCUCAUCCUCGGAUGAAAGUGAUUCUGCGGGGGAACCGUCGACAACAAGGAUAUCUGCUGCAACAAUAUAUGAACAGGCCGUUAUACAGGCUUUAGAAGGUUCUGAUGAGAAUAAGUUGGGUAAAAAAGAUGACCAGGAGGGCUCAUUAAUAGUUGAUAAUGAAACUUCUCUUUUAAAAGCGGCUGUUGAGAUUAGGGAAGCAGAAAGGGAUUCCUCCUUUCUUUCUGAAAGAAAGUCAAGUGACUUACAAACCGGCAUGGAUAGUCAAGAUGAUUCAAAUGCUAAAAUUGUGAGUACGCAGGAUACCCAAAAUGUUAAAGAAAUAACAGAUUCUAAAGGUACAUUUAAAGAAACUGCAUCAUCAACUGUCCUUCCUCAAAAGGAUGAUGUAGUUGAGAUUGUGUAUGAAGUUGUUACUGUCACUCGCUCAAAAGUUGUUGCAGUUCCUGAAAUGGCUACUAUUUUACAUUUACCUGAUGAGUCUGAUCUAUCGGAAGAAACUGAUGUUUCUGAAGAACAGAAAGAUUAUUUAGUACCUUUAGAAGUAAAGGAACAAACUUAUGAAGUUGUUGCACCAGAGCAAUGUUCAGCACAAGAUGGUGGUCAGAUGGGAACUAGAUUAAUAUCGUCAAGCUUAGUAAGCAAGAAUAAAGACUGUUCUCUAGCAGACAAACCUAAAAGUGCUAAAUUUAUAGAAGGUGAGAACCUUCCUUAUCAAACACAGCACAGAAAGGCAGAUGAGGUCAAAGGAAAACAAAGUAAUGUAGGCCAUACAUGUGAUCAGGAACAGUUUAAUAUAGGUCACACUGAUACAUCAUAUCCAUUAGGUAAACCUCAGUAUUCUGGGAGUGUUCAAGAAGAAAAGAAUGUGUUUGAAAAAACAGGUGAAAGUUCUUUAGGCCCCUCAUUGAUUACAGAUAUCAUUUGUCUUGAUGUUACUGAUGAAACUAAAGAAGCUUCAGGAAAUUUUGAAAUAGCAGGUAAUUUUAAAGGAAAUAUUGAUGAAGAAAAAGAUAGUUUUAACAGUUUAGAAGGACUGUUACCUUUACCACAUGAAGCCACUGCUGAGGAAUUGAAUACAGAAAUGUAUCAGACUGAAGAUAAUAAAGAAAUUAGCCAAUUAACUAGAUCAGUUAUUAGAGCGCAAGAAAAUAUGAACAAAUUAGGAACUGCAAAUAUUGAUGAAACACAUAAAAUCAGUAGUACUGAUGAAGAGGCUUUAAAGAAAGAAAAUUGCAGGAAGUUGUCUGUAACCAGUAGCAGUUCAUCUAACAGUAGUUUUGAAAUGGUAGACAAUGAAAUAGAGGUUGACCUUGAAGAUCAGUUGUCAUUACAUGAAUCUUAUAGUGAACCGAGAAUUGAAGGAAAAGAAAAUAUUUCAGGAAAUGGCUCAGAAAGUGAUGAAGGUCUUGAUACUUUAGAGGAACCUGAUACAUUUGAAUUACAAAAAGGUCUAGGGCCUACUUGCAUACCUUUGGAUGUGAAACUUGAGAGACAUGUAAGCAUUGACAGCUCAGUUUCAACAUUGUCUGAAGCUGAGACUGUUAUUCAUGUGCCAAUUGGAAGUCUUUCUCAGGCUGAUACUGAAACUACUUCGGUAAAAGAUGAUAGUCAAAUAGGUGUCAAAGCUGUAAAAAGGGGUGAUGUAAAUGAAUCCCUAAUAAGGUCAGUUUCAGAAGAAUUAAUAACAAAGACAAGUGACCCUGAGAAUGAGUUGCUUUCUAAAGAUGAGUCGGCUGAUGACAAGGAAGCUGUACUUGAGGAAACCCCACUUCAGACUGGAAUUGAUAAUAAGGAGGCUACUGCAGCAGUGGCAAAGACAGAUGCUGCAUCAUCUGAAGAUUAUGUUACAAUCAUGAAAGAGAAGUCAUUGAAAGGCGAGGUGGAUCAAGCAUUUGUUUGCGCUACCAUAUCUCCCAUAGAAGAUGAUAUCUCACCAGAUAAUGAAGAUAGUGAUAGUUCUCCUUUUGAGAUAUUGGACAAUAAGCAGUCUGUUAACAAAAGAUAUGUGGUUUAUGAUUCUAGUAAAUCAAAGCUUAGCCCCUCUAAGCUACUCACAUCAAAUACUACUUACCAGUCAGAGAGUAGUAGACAACCUGCCCACAAUAAGGUUGAAAAAUCAGUCAAGGACAAUGAAAGUUUCGACAGUAUGAGCAUAGGGAGAUCAGAUGUGGCAUAUCCAAGUCUUGAUAUGGAAAGCGCUGUAAAUACCAGUGUAACUGUUGGAGAUAUAGGACAGCACAUAUCUGAUACUGAUGAUGGUGAUGGCUGGAUUAACAUUGGAAUUUUUACUCAAGAUAAAAGCAGAGAAAAACAAGUAAGUGUAGAUGUUGCACAAGUUAUUCAAAGAACAGAAGUGAGUGAAGAGCAAGAAGUGUCCAUAUCUAUUCCAGAUAUCCAUUUGGAAGAUUCCAAAGGUGAAAGUUCAGCAUCAUCUGAUAAUGAAAUUGAUUAUAAAGUCAUAGAAGUUACUGAGAGAAAAGGUUUUGAUGAAGAGCACUCUGAUUUCUUCAUUGACUCCAGGAAUAGUGCAGGAAAAACAAAGGAAUUUGAAACUGCAUCUAAAAGUCGUUGUACAUUGAAGGAACCUCAUGAAGAUCUUGGAAGAAAUGACACUAAAGAGUCAUUGGAAGGUAAGACCAAAAAACCAAAUCCCUUAUGCCUUAUAGAUUCUACACUUGAAGAUGAUGGGAAACCAGAGACAGUAUAUGAUAAUAAAUUGAAUAAAGAGAAUGACCAAGAAGAGGAAAUGACCCACAGCAAGUGUGUUUUGAAAGAUAUGGAUUAUGUUGUUGUGGAUGAUUGUGCUGAGCUAAAGGUUGAAGAACAUAAGUUAAACAAGGGAAAAGAAAGUUCAAGUUCAUGUGAUACAUCGAAUUCAACUGGAUCUAGCCCAUAUUAUGAUGCUUCAGGAGAAAUGGUUGAAUCAUUGGGUUCUGAUGAAGUAUCCUCCUCUAUGGAAGUGCUACAUUCAUCAGCAGAAAUAUUAGAUAUGCCAAUGGCAUCAUGGACAUCCAGUGUUGAUUUUGAAUCACCAAAUCAUGAAGAGCCAAAUGAAGUAUGUGAUCAUGGACCAGCACCUCCUAGAGAAAAAAAGAAAAGUAGAUCUCUUUGGAAUGAGCAAGAACAUGCUGCUCCAUCCCGCUUCAGCACCAUCAGUGCCUGUACAGAUGCAAGUGAGGAAGUCAUUUUCAGUGAAACAGAAGGAGAAGAACUUCCUUAUGAGGAUACAACUGAUGAUGAUCUGACUCUUGAGGAAGAAGCUAUUAAAGAACUGGCAGAGAAGCACAAAGAAGCCUUGCCAUCUACAACACAAGCUUUCCAGACAGUUACUACAUCAGAGACUGUUUUUGCUACAAGAAGUUAUGUGAAAGAGACUACUAAAAAACAACCAGAGGCUGGAAAGGGUGACGAUGAAGGGUAUCUGACCGAAGUCUCAAGGUUGGCAGAAAAGAUUGGUGAACUCAGGAAUAAAACUAAAGUUACCCCAUCAUAUGAAGAAGCAUUGGAAAAGGCCGAGACCUUGGAACAGGAAGUAGCUGAGCUGGAGCCUGACAUAGCUACCAUCAUAUCAAGAGGUGAUACUUUGACCCUUACAACACAUAUGGUGGAUGUUCAUAAGGCAAAUGUUAUUCGCACUGCCGUGAAUGACCUUCGAAACCACUGGUCUGCUUUGAAAAGUGAGACUGAGGGGGUAAAGGCAAAUGCAGAAAAAGUUAAUGAAGAGGUUAAUGCUGUAUCCAAAAAGGCAGAUGAUAUUGUUAACUGGAUUAAUGAUGUCUCCAAGAGACUUCAUCUUGUUAACAAUGAUGAGAGUCAACUCCAGGCUCUUGAAAAGGAGAUGUCAAAAAAGAAAGAAGAGCUAGAUGAUCUCAAUAACAGUGGAGCUCUUCUGAAGAAGUACAAAUACAACCACAUCCAACCCAUCUUAACAUUGUUGAAUACACGAUGGACUGAAAUAAAUAUGCAAUUCAGGCAGUAUCGCAAGGUUUCACUUGAAAAGAAGACAAUUGUGUCUUCAUCGAAAGUGGAAGCUCAAGUGGAAACAACAAAUGUACCAGAUUUUGUUGCAAGUGUCAAUCGUCUUAGAGAAGCCAUAUCUGCAAUAUCUCGUCAACUAAGCACAAACAAGUUGGCUGGCAAUCAUUAUGAUAACCUCAAAGGACAAGAAGACGAGCUUAAGUCUAUAAAAAGAGGAAUAGAGACUUUGAAACCUAGGGUGGAUGGUCUGGAAGAAGAACGAAAUGCUACCAUAAAGAAUGUUUCACCUGUUCAGUCUGAGCAAGUGCGACGUGUAAUGGAUAAACUCCGAGAAGAAUGGGCUCAAGUUAAUCGUGGCUACACAGAGCGUCAUUCACAUUGGUUACAGUGUUCUGAAAAUUGGAGAACAUUGCAGAAGACCAUAGAUGAGUUUAGUGUCUGGCUUACUAGUAUUGAAGAAAAAGUCCAGACUACUGCUAGUCAAUCUUUGCCUGAAGCUAAAAUUACUCAAAAAGAAUUAGAAAAACAAGUUACUCUGAAACACAGACCUAGUCAAACUCUACAGUCAACCUGCAAGGAAAUUACUGAUGCUAUUAAUCCAGAUGAAGGUAAACGGCUUCAAGAACGUGUAGAUUCUCUUAUGAAAAGAUGGCGUUCGCUUUUAUUGGACCUAGCUGCACGAAGAGAGAAAAUUGCUGGAGAGGAAGGAAGUAAAGAAGGCUCAAAUGUGGAAUAUGAGGCAUUGGUGACAUGGGUAGAUCAAGCUCAAGCAUUAAUGGAUGCUCCUGUCAAUGUAACAGAUGAGGCAUCAUUAUCAGCUCAUACAACUAUGGUUCAGAAUCAUCUCAUUGAAAUAACUACCAAGCAAAAUUUGCUGAAGAAGUUGAAAGAUUCAAAGUCAAAAACCCUAACCCCAUCACAAAUAACGUUGUUAGAAACAAAUAUGUCAAAGGUUGUCAAAUCGUUACCAGAAUAUAAGAACAUGAUGGAUACAAAGUUGGGUGUAAUCAAGACACUGGUUACUGAUGUUGAAGAUUUGUAUAAGUGGACGGAGGAGAUGAGAGUUAAGACAGCGCUGCACAACUUAACAGAGGAGGAAAUAAAAAUGAUGAAAAUUACCCUUCAUGAAAAGGAGGUUUUGUAUGAAAAUCUGGAUUCCACCUACUGGGUUUUAGCUCAAGAUGCUGAAAGCAAGGGACUCACUGUGGCUGUUGGAUUGAAAAAUCGCAUGAACACAAUCGAGUCCCGUCUGAAGGCGCUGCAGGGGCAAGUGCUCGACGCCUCCGAAAAGGGGAAGUCGACCUCGCCCUCCACCUCCCCGACCUUCUCUCGCAUCACUCCGGCUCCGGCCAGAGGCACCGAGAAGGCCGACGAGGAGAAGGUGGUGCAGGAGAAGCUGAAGGUGGAGGUGACGAAGGAGGCGCAGCCGAAGACGCCCGAAUUCAGGAAGACGGAGAUGCGGCCGGUGUCCACGGGCACCACCGUCACAUCCAGCGUCACUAACGUCAUCCAGAACGUGAUCAAGUUUGAGGAAAGCGUACUGAGCACAGAGGGGGAUCUGCGCCCCCCAUCUCCUUUAGUAUGCCCGCCCAAGCAUUCCUCAGACUCGUCUCCCGCACUGAUACUGGCAUCCUUGGACAAGAGUAUCCUACAGAUCCGCGACUGGUUGACCUUGAUGGAGCAAAUGACCCGUCAACAGACGGUCGUUGUAGGAGAUGCUGAAAACAUCAGACAGCUGACUGAAAAACAAAAGAGUGUCCUGCGCGAACUGGAAGGGAAGAAGCCUCAACUGGACGAAUUGGUGGCUUCGGCCGACAGCCUCAAAGACGAUGCUUCCCGCACGCAGCUCCACCAGAAAGCCGCUGAGGGAGACGCCGCCGUUUACAAGUUUCCAACUCACUCGCGCCUCUUCGAUCACCUUAGGACUUGCUUCAAAGUAUCAAAGCUCAGAGAACACUGGGAUGAGACGAACAGUGUGGUCCUCGCUCGCAAGACGCAGCUUGAUGCCAUGUACGGAGACACUCACAAAUUCGAUGCCAAGCGAUCCGAGUUGGAGAGUUGGUUGUCGAGAAUGGAAGCUCGCCUCGAGAGAAUGGCUCCCGUGGCCCACACGGCCGAUGUCCUCGAUCAGCAAAUACGGGAACAGAAGGGUUUCCACGCAGAGAUCCAUCAGUACAAACAUCAGGUUGAGCUCUUCAAUCAGAUGACCCAGCGACUAAUCGCUAUUUAUCAGCACGAUGAUACACGCAAACUGAAGAAAAUUACCGAAACUAUUAACCUGCGCUACAGCAGCCUUAAUUCAAGCAUAAUUGCACGAGGGAAGGCUCUCCAUUCGGCCAUGAACUCGCUGCAUAACUUCGACAAGGCUCUAGAUAAGUUUGCUUCUUGGAUGAGCGACGCCGAGUCUAACACCGACUUAAUUGAGUUGGAGGUGGACAAACUCGGCCCAGCGAGACGGGACCCCCAGGCACGAGGACCCGCCAUCCGUCUUAAGCUCGCUCACUACUCCUCAUAUGAUCAACUGCAGUACAAGGAUCUGCAAAGUGAGAUCGAGUCGCACAAGGAUGUGUUGGCGAGCCUUAACGCGACGGGCCAGAAGUUGCUCGGGACUCUGGAGAACCAGGAUGAGGCCGUCAUGCUUCAGCGCCGCCUGGAGGAGAUGAACCAAAGGUGGAAUACCCUCAAGCAUAAAAGCAUCGCUAUCAGGAACCGGUUGGAAGGCAAUGCCGAGAACUGGAAUACGCUCCUCUUGUCUUUGCGGGAACUCAUCGAAUGGGUCAUCAGGAAAGACACGGAGCUCACCGCUCUGGGACCUCUCGUGGGAGACCUCAGCUCCCUCUCGAAGUUUUCAGAGGACCUGGCAGCCUUCAGGAGAGUCAUUGACGAGAAACAGCCGGUGAUCGAAUCGAACCUGAAGAGUGGGCGCCAGUUGAUUGCCUCCGAACCUCCGCUCAGCGACACCAGUGAUAGCGAAGCUGGUCGCGAAUUGGAUGGGGACGCUCGAUACCGAGGAGACGACAGCGCUCGGGACCUGACGAGAUCAGUCCGGCGGGAGGUGGCCAAGCUCUCCGAGAAAUGGGCUGCGCUGAGGGAGAGAGCCGCCGCAGCCGCUGCUCAGGCCGACCUCGCACAUAAGAAAUUGGGCGUGUUACAGAAGACGGUAGAGGAAGUGAGCGGGCGGUUAGACGAAGCCCAAAAGACUGCCGAUGCGUGGGGCCCCAUCUCCCAAGACCCGAACCUCGCAGAUCAACACGCCCACAAUGUUAGGAAAUUCCGCGAAGGUCUGGCGGAAUUGCAGCGCGGAGUGGACGACGUCAACGAUCAAGCCGCUCGGUUUUCGGCUCAUAAUGUGCCACUCACCCCUGCUAACUCGGCCAAGCUCCAUGACCUCAAUAAUAGAUGGAAAAAUUUAGAAACAGCAGUCAAUGACAGAUGGCGACAAGUGGCCAGCAGAUCCAGAGAGGUCACACCACUCACCCCUGCCCAGUUGGCAUCUUCAGUGUCACCACCAUGGGAGAGGGCUACAACUAGUAAUAAAGUGCCUUAUUACAUCAAUCAUGAUCAGGAGAGCACCCACUGGGAUCAUCCAAUCAUGAUGGACUUACUAGACUCUAUGAAUGAAUUCAACCAUAUCAAGUUCUCUGCCUACAGAACAGCUACAAAACUUAGAAUGUUACAGAAGAAGCUGUCCUUGGAUCUUGCCAAACUGCAAAUGGCAACAGAUGUAUUUGAUGAGCAUGGUCUCAGGGGACAAAAUGACCGGCUAAUUGAUGUAGGUGAUAUGGUUGUGGUUUUGUCAGCUUUAUAUGCAAAUAUAUCUGCUGAUCAUCCAGAAGUUAAUACCACCCUUGCCAUAGACCUCUGUCUCAAUUGGCUUUUAAAUGUAUAUGACAGCCAAAGGACAGGGCAGAUGAGAGUUCUCUCUUUCAAGAUUGGUCUUGUCUGCCUUUGCUGUGGCCAUUUAGAAGAAAAAUACAGAUAUAUGUUCCGGCUAAUUGCUGACCCAAAUCGCCUAGUUGAUCAAAGAAAAUUAGGGUUAUUGUUACACGACUGUGUACAAGUUCCACGCCAGUUGGGUGAGGUUGCAGCAUUUGGUGGAUCAAACAUAGAACCGUCAGUUCGUAGCUGUUUCACGAAAGCUGGAAAAGACAGAGAAACUAUUGAGGCUGUGCAUUUCUUGGCAUGGGUGCAACAAGAACCUCAGUCACUAGUAUGGUUAGCUGUUUUGCAUCGCGUUGCAGCUUCAGAAAAUAUUCAGCAUCAGGUUAAAUGCAAUAUCUGCAAGGCAUAUCCUAUUGUAGGCUUACGGUACCGUUGCCUCAAGUGCCUCAGCUUUGAUAUGUGUCAGCGGUGCUUCUUUGAUGGAAGAAGUGGGAAGAGUCACAAGAUCACUCACCCAAUGCAUGAAUAUUGCACAGCAACAACUGCAGGUGAAGAUGUGAAAGACUUCACAAAAGCCCUCAAAAACAAAUUUAAGUCAAAGAGAUCAUUACAAAAGCAUACCAAAAAAGGUUACUUACCAGUACAGACUGUCUUAGAGGGUGAUCCAUUAGAAUCUCCCUCACCAUCUCCUCAGCACAAUGUAACAAGUCAAGACAUGCAUUCAAGACUUGAGUUAUAUGCCUCACGUUUGGCAGAAGUAGAACUUAGAACAAACUCCAACUCCACCCCAGACAGUGAGGAUGAACAUGGAUUAAUUGCCCAGUACUGUCAGUCAUUGAGUUCCUCUGAUGCCCCACUACCAGUGCCACGCUCACCUCUACAGAUCAUGGCUGCUGUGGAUGCUGAUCAAAAAGAUGAACUAGAACAGAUGAUAAGAGCCCUUGAAGAAGAAAAUAGUGUACUUCAAGCUGAAUAUGAUCGACUGAAAAGUCAACAAACAGUUGGUUCACCACCUGAUGAUGGACUUGCUGGUCAGCGCUCUGAAGCAGACAUGCUCGCAGAAGCAAAGCUUCUUAGGCAGCAUAAAGGUCGUCUGGAAGCUCGUAUGGGGAUAUUAGAAGAACAUAAUCGGCAGCUGGAAGCACAGUUACAUCGACUUAGACAACUAUUAGGAGAGCCUGGAGUCAGUUCUCCAAAUAAAUCUGGAACACUUCAAACAAAGUCAGUUACAGCUAGUCAGCUAGCCAUGGAUUCUCCUGCCAAAGUCAAUGGACACUCAACACAAGGAGGUGCCACCAGUGCUUACGAGGGGUUAGAGCAAAUGAGCGAGUAUGUACGGCCGCCACCACCCCCCAUGGGAAGUGUGGCUCAUGUGGGCAACCUCUUCUCUCGUGCAGCCCCUUACAGGAGUUCUGGAUGGCGACCUGGGGAAGGCAGUUGGCACUCUGGUGGCCACAAUGACCCACGAGGGGGCGAGCGACUUGCCUAGCGAUGAGGAGGAAGACCCUAAUGCCUCUGACACUGAAGAGGAGAAGGCUGUGUAAUUCAGCUACGUGGCUCAACCUCUGGCAAUAAGUGAGGCAAAGCCAGGGAAUAGCAGCACCCAUUUUGCCAUGGAGAUAAUCAGUGCUCCCGGUUCUGAAAUUGGAAAUUUUUUACCUGGGCUAUUAGACUACUUUAAUGUUAAUUGUUUAAAAGCAGAGGGCAUGCUAGCUUUUUUCCAUUUCUUUACAUCCAUGUCAGUUUUUAUAUGCCCUUAGUAGAUCAUUCAAUAAAUCAUCACUGGGAAAGGAGAAAAUCUAGCAUGUCACUAGCUUUAUAUCUUUCUGCACAACUCAGAGAAUACAAGAAUAUUUUCAAUGAACUGGGUAUAUUUCAUGACUACAUGUCCCAAUUUAUGUUCAUAUUUACUUAAUAUACAAUACAUAAGUAGAAGUGUUUGCCUGAAUCAAAAGAAUACGAUUCGGAUUUAAAAGUAUGUGUUAGAAACAAAUUGUAUAGAAUGUAUUAUAAAAAGAAUUUUUGGCUUGCAUAUAAAACGAGCAUAAGCGUUGUAGUCAUGUGUCAAUGGUGCAAAGAUGAAAACCCUAAAUGUGAUACCCCAGUUUACAGUUAUAAAGUGUCAUUACUGUAUGCCAUUUAUUUUAUUAUUUUUCCCAAACAUUUGCAAAUGUAGGUAAGAACAUUGUUCAAAUUAAUUAGUACAGUUUUAUGAAUUUUUAUUCAGCCUUUGUUGCUGACUCAAGUGACCAUAUGUGUACAUAUCAUAAUUCAUAAAGUUAUAUCAAAGUCACAUAUUGCUAUAGAUAUAGUUUUUAUGAAUAUGUUUUCCAGUUGUUAUGUCGUGCUUGUCAUUAAUUACAUGGAUGCCUUAUUCUUAUUUCUAGCUGUUUUGUAAAAUGACAUUUAGCUAAGUUGAGUUCAGAUCUUUCGUAACAUGCAACAAUUUGAGUUGUAACUUUGGUUUGAAGCUGAAUAAAUCAAGGUCAGGUUGUUUGCUCCUUAAUUCGUAAUAUUUGAAUAUUGCUUAGAAUUAACUAAUAAAAGUGGCUAUGAUGUUAAAA